AUGGCCUCUAAGGCCUCUGGAGUUCGGCCGGAGGGUGGGCCGGGCCAGCCUCUGAGCCCCUCCCCACCCGCAGGCACCGCCCUGCAGUGCUACUUCUGCAUGACCGAGACCAGCAACAAGGACUGUCAGCAUGUGCAGAACUGCAGCGACUCCCAGACCCACUGCUGGACCCAGCGCAUCAGUGUGGCUGGCCUCCUCUUCCUCAGCAAGGGCUGUAGCGCGAACUGUGAGGACAACUCGCAGAACUACUACAUGGUCGUGAGCAACACCACGUGCUGCUCCAGUGACCUGUGCAACGCCAGCGGGGCCCGUGCCCUGCAGCCGGCUCUCGGCCCCCUGCUGCUGCUCGCCGCUGCCUGCAGCCUGAUGCUCUGGGGUCCCAGCCAGCUGUAGGCUCGAAGGGGACCCCGCUGUGUCCUGUGCUGGGCACUCCUUACACACACCCAGCUCGGCCGAGGCCCUCUGUCCUUUCCACUCCUGCCUGUCCCCACUGCCCAGCGGGCUGGGCUCCAGUGAUGCGGAACGGCCUGCACAUGACCUGUCCAGCCCCUGGGCUUCUGCUGCCCCAUAUUCCGACCCACCCCUGCACCCUCACCCAGGCACCUCUUCCUCCAGGAAGCCUUCCCUGCCUGCCCCCUCUACAAGCUGAGCCAGGCCCUGCCUGUGGUGUCUCUUGCACCCAGCAAGAUGCAGGCACUCAGGAGGGGCUCUGCAAAGGCUGAGAUGAAAUGUACAGAACAGAACUGGGGGCACAAGUAAGAGGUCCCAGGAGCCCCAAGAGGUGUGGCCUAGAGGCAGGGCCGGCUUCCCAUC